AUGAACUUGAAGCAAUACUGUUGUUUCCUCUCAGACGAAGGGCAAAGCAAAAUUCAAAUUGCUAGGAAGAAGAACAAUAGGGAUUAUCCAUGGGAAAUGUACACCUUGAAGGAGUUGCUUAGAGCCACAAACAACUUUCAUCAAGAUAAUAAGAUUGGAGAGGGUGGAUUUGGCAGUGUAUAUUUUGGUCGAACAAGUAAAGGAGUUCAGAUUGCAGUGAAGCGAUUGAAGACAAUGACUGCCAAAGCAGAAAUGGAGUUUGCAGUGGAAGUGGAAGUAUUAGGAAGAGUGAGGCAUAAGAAUCUGUUGGGGUUGAGGGGAUUCUAUGCAGGAGGAGAUGAAAGGUUGAUUGUGUAUGAUUACAUGCCUAAUCAUAGCUUGCUCACACAUUUGCAUGGUCCACUUGCCAAGGAAUGUCAGUUAGAUUGGGCGAAAAGAAUGAGCAUAGCAAUUGGAGCUGCUGAAGGCUUAUUGUAUUUGCACCAUGAGUCAACUCCUCACAUCAUACAUAGAGAUAUAAAAGCGAGCAAUGUUCUUCUGGAUUCUGAAUUCCAAGCUAAGGUUGCUGAUUUUGGUUUUGCAAAGCUGGUACCAGAUGGUGUGACCCAUAUGACCACAAAGGUUAAAGGCACCCUAGGAUAUCUGGCACCAGAAUAUGCUAUGUGGGGAAAAGUAUCUGAGAGUUGUGAUGUUUACAGCUUUGGAAUUCUACUGUUGGAGAUAAUCAGUGCCAAGAAACCCAUUGAGAAAUUUCCUGGAGGAGUGAAAAGGGAUAUUGUUCAAUGGGCCACACCAUUUGUGAACAAAGGUCUCUUUGGCAAUAUAGCAGAUCCAAAACUGAAGGGAAGAUUUGAUUUGCAGCAGUUGAAAAAUGUGAUCACAAUAGCUCUUAGAUGCACUGAUACUAGCGCAGAUAAGAGGCCUAACAUGAAAGAGGUUGUCAAUUGGCUCAAGAAUGGUGUAGGGAGCAUUUAA